AGAAGAGUUGCACAGUCUUGAUACUUCGACCAAGAGUGCUGCUGCAUCUCCCGAGGACUUGGUAUGCUUGGAUGAGUAUUCAACUCCUGCUUUCAAGGGUUCCAUUUCGAGAGUUCAGGACGUCUCAGCUGAGUCGUUGCUUACUGAACUUAGCCCACAACCCCCCUUCCACCCCAAGAGCCGGAGGGAUUCCGCCUCACGAGCCCAGCUGUUCCUGCAGUGGCCCCCAUGCCCAGCUCCCUGACACCGAUGAUGGGGAAAAAAAAGAGGCCAACCAUGCGGCUGAGAUAACGGUGAGGGUUUUUUUUUUUUGUUUUCUUCCCUUCUUUCGAUCAGACGCCGGCCUCUUCGAGAUUUUUAGGGCCCCCAUGUCGUCAUGUUGAUGUGACAGUCCCCUUACGCCAGCUGCGAGGUUGGCGCCCAUCUCUGCGAUCCAGACAUCUCUUCUGAUCCUGUCCUUGUCAAAAUUCGAUCCAAAGUAGAAAAAAACAGGAAGGCUUCCACCAUGUCCAGUCUGUGUGCAAUCAGGGGAUACAAAGGGCAUGUGCUCACCCCAUUUCGGUGACAUUCCAUUUGCCUUUGCCUCAACAAAAAUAGAAAUCAGAUUUAACUUGACAGCAAGACAUUUACGGCACCAGGAGCUGAGGCUGAUUGCUCCAUUGUUGUAGGGUUCCAUGUCCAAGUGCUAACAGCAGAUACCCCAGCAGGCUUGAAAGGACUGCUUGGUCCUACCAUGAUACAGCAUAUACGAGAUGAAAGGAUCCUCUGCCUUGUUUGUCCCACUGUCCUGCGAGUGGAAGAACGAGUCUGGGCCUUGGUCACCAGCAUGACCCCCAAUGAGCCAGCUUGCUUCGGUGCUCACUCUAGCACUAAAUCACUCCUGAGUCGAAGUGGAAUUUUCUACUUGGGGGACGCUGGCCCACGGGAUGACCCUCCACCAGGCCUGUUUGGGAGGGGCGCAGCUGGUGCGUGGUCUCCCUGGACAUGGCAAGGCCGACAGGGCUGUAAAAGGAGCGGUGGUAUGGGAGACUCCUCGUUCUAAAAGAGCCUCGUCCGUUUCUGGAGCCAGUAUGGAACACAUUGACUCAUCUGACUGGUACACGCCUCCUUUGGUCGAGAGCAUCAAAUCAAAAUGUUCUCAGGUGGCUAUAAAAUCCCGGCAUGUGUCUCCUUCCACCCUUUCUUCGGUUUGCAGAUUGUGUCCAAGAAAGUGAUCAGUACCAUCGAGCCUUCAACUAUUCGUACUUUUCUACCAUAAUUCUCUCUCUAUCCCUCU